CCCAUCGAGGAAAAUCAAAGGAGAAAUAAGGUGACGGGCCGUUGAAGGGAGAAUUUUAACUUGGAGUAGACGUUAAACGGCUUGAGACGGGCUAUGUAUCAUGUCACGGCGAGAACGAUCACUGGGUGAGACGGCGAUCUCACGGUGCGAAGGGUUCUUUAUCAUCUGCGGUGAGUCACGUCAGUAAUAGCUGCACUGCCUGGUUGGGAGAACCGCAAAUCAUGGAGAACGACUCCGAGGAUAAACAGAAGGCCGACGAGAGCCGGGAAGACUCCGAGGACCUGCCGACAAAGGUCGAAAGGCUUGAACAAGAGAACACUCAAAUCCGUGAAGAAUUCAACGUACAGAGGGCCAAAAUGAAGGAACUGUUUCUCCAGAAGGAAGAGGAGCUGAAAAGGAGGUUAGAGGAGAACCUUUGCCUGCAAACUGAUAACGUCAGACUACAAAAUGAAUUGGACGAGGCUAAGAGUCAGUUACUCGUCGCCGAUCUUAAAAUCCAGAAUGACAUAUUAAUGGAGAAGAGAAAGGCUCAGGAGGAGAUCGCUUCUCUGCAGCAAGUGAUUCACGAAACGGUCGAGGAAUCUUCUUGCUCUCGCAAACAAUUAGAUGCAGAACUUGUCAAGUUACGGGCAACGGUCGUCAGGCUGGAGGGAGAGAACUCGAUGUUAAAGUCUCAGUUGUCUAGAGAACCACCCGUGGACGGACCGCCGAUCUCGUUAUCGACCGUCACAAAGACUCUAGCUCGCAAAGUAGCCUCGCAGUUGGGUGCUGAUUCUCUGUCACUGGGAUCGGACAACCUAGAGGACAGCAUGCGGAAGGUAAAACGAUACGCCCAAGAGGAUGCGGAAGUAUUGCGUUCCUUGGUCGUACCUCUCGAGGAGGAGAUCAAAGCCUUAAAGGAGAAACUCCGAUCGACUGACGAUGAGUUACAAAAGUGCAAAGAGGUGCAAAGUCAGAGGAGGCACCAAGAACCAGGUACAGCAGAGCUUAUCUGCGAUAUGUGCGUCAACUACGAAGCUCAACUAGUCAAGAUCCAGUCCACGGCGAAAGACUUGGAGAAACAGUUGGCAGAGUCGGAGCGCAUGCUGCAGGGCCAGAGGGAGGAUCUCGCAAAGGAAGUGGAAUUCCGCAAGGAGAUGGAGGAGAAGUGGAACGAAAAAAAGGAGGAGCAUAAAAUCAAGGUGGCGGAGCUUACGGAGCUCACAAAGUCCUCGCAAAAGGCCUUGACCGAGGUUAAGCAGACUUUCGGACAGGUUCAUCAGGACAUCAUUAAGGAGCUCUCGAAACUGACUCGAGACAGGGAAAAAGUGCAGAGUCACCUCAACGCGUUACAAAAGGAGAACGAGAACCUGGUCGGGAAGCACAGUAAACAUUCCCAGGAGUUGCAGAGCGAGAGCAUCAACAUGCCGAAUAACGUGGAAGAGCUGCACGUGACGUUGCUGAGGAUGAAAGAGGACUUGAUCAACGCCAAGGUGGCCAAGGAAGCUGCCGAGGAGGCAAAGGAACUCCUGCACGUGGAAGUUAAUCUUAUCAGAGAGCAGAUGAACCGAGAGAACGAAGCCAAGGACAGACAGGAGGCGGUUUUUCUCAGCCAGAUAUCUCAUCUUAAGACCGAGGUGGAAAGGUAUAAACGCGAACUCGGCGUCUUUACCGAGAGGGAAGAGAGACUGAAGCAGGUCGAGAGGCAACUGGAGGAGCUAACCAGCGAGAAGAAGAAGGUGGACGGCACGGUGGCCGAUCUGAGACAGAGAAUGACGAGCCUUCAGCAGGAGCUGCAAAACAGCGAAGAGGUGCAGAAGGACUUUGUUCGUCUUUCCCAGUCGUUGCAGAUCCAGUUGGAAAAAAUUCGCGAGAACGGCAGCGAGGUGCGAUGGCAGCACGAGGAAGAUGUCGAGGAUUGUCCGAACUGCCACUCUGCCUUCACCAUGGUCAAGAAAAAGGUCCACUGUCGACACUGCGGCCAAGUCUUUUGCUCGGCUUGCCUCACCCACGUAGUCAAGAGCGGACCGAAGCAGAGACCGUCGAAGGUCUGCGACGUCUGUCACACGCUUCUGGUGCCCAACACUGCUCCCUACUUCAGCCACAUGCUGCCGCACACUCCGGACUAAUCGACCUCUCUCCAAUUUGGGGCUCGACGUGUCCGGCUUGGCUCGGUAAGACGUGCAAUAUCCUCUGGGAGUGGUUCCGCGGACUCUACUCAUUGGAACCUCUUCGAUGGGAGUUGUAGACUAGGUAGCCGAUUUACAAAUUCUGUAUAUACUUCUUCGAAGACAGCGAAGGCCGGAGGAAGUUAACGAGUUUGACAGGUCCUGCGAGGUGUUGCGCGCUCCAAGGCGGAUGCUCCUAACCUUCGGAAAUGCUAGAGGCAUCGCUAGGUAAAAAAUUAUAGGGCGCAAAGAGACGAGAAUAGUUCAGAUUCCUAUUAAUUGACAGCUGGGUGAGAUGACGCAUAGAGUAUAUAUAUAUAUAUAUCCUGUAAAUACGAAUUGUGUACCACUUAACGUUUAACUGUAAUUUAAUGCGAUUAAAGUCUUUGAGUGUAGCGCGAA